AUGCCAACAACAGGCCGACAGGUUAAUUUUCCGGAAUAUGACAACUUUUUGGAUUUGUUGGAUCAGAAGGGGGGACCUUUCAAAUUUGUGACUGAGGCUAAGAAUUUUCCGGUUGGAUCAAAGAUUGGAUCAUUGCCAACGGCGAGAUCUUUAGCAGAAAUUGAGAAAUCGGUUUUAGAAUCAUCUAGAGUCAAGGUAUGUGUUUAUCGUUAGUUAGGAAAACUUUUCAUAAAGCACUUGGAGGAAUUUUUAGAAUGUGAUCGCUGAAGAAGCAAAUCGAAGAAAUGUAUCAAUCGGAAGUGUUCGAAAAGAAGCUGAAACUAUGUUAAAAGAAAUGGCUCAUAAUUAUAAUUUAUUAAAUGUUCGAAUGUUUGGAUAUGCAGUCACAUCAAUCAUGAAAAAAUUAUUCGACGGAAUUUACAUAAACGAACGAAAACUUCAAGAAAUCCGAGAAAGAUCGAAAAAAGAUUGUGUCAUUUUUAUGCCAUCGCAUAAAACAUAUUUUGAUUUUUUGUUAUUAUCAUUAGUUUGUUUUUUAUAUGUGAGUUAGAUCAAGUUGAUGGUAUUGAAAAACAAAAAUUGUUUAAGGAUAUUCAAUUACCCGCAAUUGCAGCUGGCAUGGAUUUUAUGAGUAUGAAAUUUGUAGGAGAAGUUUUGAGAAGAAGUGGAGCGUUUUUUAUGCGUAGAUCAUUUGGGGAUGUAGGUUGUUUUAGUUUAUGCUUUAAAAUCCGAAAAAUUUUAGGAUCAAUUAUAUUGGGCUGUUUUUUCGGAAUACGUUCAAACACACGUUGUUAAUAAUGAUAGAACAAUUGAAUUUUUUGUUGAAGCAACGCGAAGUCGAGUUGGAAAAAGUCUACAUCCAAAAUACGGAAUGCUUCAAAUGGUUCUUGAACCAUAUCUUCGUGGAUCUGUAUUCGAUUUGGUUAUUGUUCCGGUUUCAAUGAAUUACGAUAAAAUUCUCGAGGAAAAACUAUAUGCUUAUGAACUAUUAGGAUUUCCAAAACCCAAAGAAUCCACGUCAGGAUUGUUGAAAGCUAGAGAAAUUUUGAAUAAGAAAAAUGGCAAUUGUUUUUUGACUUUUGGAGAUCCGAUUUCGGUUCGAGAAUAUUUUGGGAUGAGUUUGCAUCGAAGCACUUUUGUCUGUCAACCGGAUUCACAAUUCAUUAUUGACAAACAGGCUAAAAAUGAGAUCAGAAAAUUUGCUCAUCAUGUUGUUGAUAUUCAUAACAAAAAUGCAGUUAUUACAGUUUGGAAUAUUGCAUGUGUUGUUAUGUUACAGGUAAAAUCUUAGAAAAUUAAAGCAACACCCUCGUAUAAUAGGCACUUUCUUGAAAAAAGCCCAAAUGUUCUCAAAUCUUAGAUUUAGCUUAGUUUUACUGUUUUCUAGUUCGGAGAAAAAAUUCAAAACGUUUGAAUAAGUAGUCGCCGAAAUAUGGAAGCCCAUUGAAAAACAGAAAAAACUCAAAUUCAAACAACGCGGGAUAGCGUCAACACGGAGUCUCGUUGUUUUCUUUUUUAUUUUUUCGCAAAAUUUUUCCGUUUUUUUCGGAAAAUGACAAUUUACAUGGAAAAAACUGUUUUCUGGGUAUGAAAAAAAUAAAGUGAAGAAGUAUAAACACGAAGAUUCAAUAUUUCAGACGAAAACUAAAUUUUUCAAUGGAAAUUGUGUUUUUUUCAGUUUUUGACCGGAAUAUGCAAUAUAAAACUGAAAUAUCAUUGUCAAAAAUGAAAGUAGAGAUAGUUAAGGAUGUUCAGAAAUCAUUGUUAUAAUUUAUUUCAUUGUUUUCAGUGAAUCAAUUCACUUUUUGUUGAAAAAAAGUUGAAAGGGGUACUGUAGCACACAAUUGUCGUCACAGUGUUUGCACAAAUUUUAUGAAAUUGCGGAUCUGCACAAUCUGCAGGCGAUUUUCAAAAAAAAAUAAUUUUUUUCUCAAAAGUGGUCAAAUUUGAUCGUUUUUGAGUAUUUUUUUUCAUAUUGCUUGUGAGCAUAGCUGGAUAGGUUAAUUUUAUAUAUUUUGGUGUUUGAAUGCAUUCCGCAAUGGCCUUAUUAUACGAGGGUGUUGCUUUAAAAUAUAUCAGCUAAAAGCGUGAUUUAGGAUCACCCUAACUAUGUUCAAAAAUUCAAAGGGUAACUUCCUAACUUUCUUUUUUUUAAGAUUCUCGACAAAAAUGAUGAAGCUGUUUUCGAUUAUUUCACUUUAUACUCCAAAGUUUUCGAGCUCAUCCAAACUUUGAAGAAAAUCGGAACAUGUGUGAAUAUUUUGAAAAAUCUUGAUGCUGAUUUACGGUAACUUCCUAAAAGUUCAUAGAAACUUCAAAAAAAGAAUUUUUUUUAGGUAUUACAUACGAAUAAUUCACGACGAUUUGUUCGAGUUUGAAAAAAUUGACGAAGAAAAUUUCCUACUGAAAUUUAUCGAUUUUCCCGUGGAACAUGAAAAAAUGCGAGUAAGCAGGAGAAUUAUGGAGAGAUCUGUUUCUCGAUUGAUUCUUACAACUUAUUCGAAUGCGGUAAAUUGAACUUAACUUAACUCGUCUUGAAAAAUAUUCCAAUUUUUCAGAUGAUUCAUUCAAUUGAUAGCGAAUCAAUAAUUCUAUCACUUCUCCUAAAAUCGUCUGAAAAUCAAAUUUCAAAAUCGAUAAUUUUAACAAAAUUCGAAUGGUUUCACAAUAUUAUGAAAAGAGAAUUUGUGAUUAUUCCAAAUGAAAUCGACAAAUUAUUUGAGAAAACUAUUCAAAUUCUCAAAACUUCUGGAAUUAUUAUGAUUACUGUAGAUGAUAAACUUGAAAUUAUUGAUUAUUCAACUACUUAUAAAUUGACCGCUUUGAUCUGGGUAUGUGAAUUGAAUUUGAUUUGAAAGUCUUUCCACAGGCGGAAAGCUUGCGGAUAAUUCAAUUUCCUAAAUUUUGCAGCCAUACUUUCAUCAUUUCCAAAUUGUUUUCAAUUACGAUUGGUCUAAUGAGAAAAUUGAAAACAUCAAUUCAAUGAUUCCAAAAAUCCAGAAGGUAAGAAAUUUCUUUUUAUAAAGUUAAAAUUCAAAACUUCAAGCUCUUCAGAAAAUCAGUGAUCUUUACAACAAUUCAACAAAAAAUGUUCGAUUGUCAUUUUUUUCGACCGAGCCAAUCAAAAAUGCAAUAACAGCAAUGAUUGAAAUUGGAGCAAUUGAAAAAGUAAGUCAAAUUCGAUGAUUUGUUGAACCGAAAAAAAACAUAUUCUUUUCAGCGAGGAAAAAACGAUUUCGAAGUGAACUCAACAAAAUUGAACAUUUUGCGCAAAGAAUUCAAUGAUUUCACAAAUAAUAUCAAUAAUUCAAAGCUAUGA